GAGAUGUAGGAGCGUCAAGACGGCGCGCUCUGUCGUCCAGUUAUCGCGGCGACCGCUGUGAAGGGGAGUCGCUCUCCGAGAGAAGCGCAAGGCCAGCGUUCACAAACUUUUGAAAAUCUUCUUGCAAUUGGGCCGACAAGCCGCUGAUCAGAAGUCAUUCAAAGCUGGCAAACAUGCGAUACAGGAGCGGCUAUGAAGCGGGUAAAACCUAGCAGACGCUAACAAUCAGAAAUAAUGUAUGUUGGGUGAAGAAAACGAAAUCCCAAGAUGUCUUUGAUUGGUGAAGCGGUAUGGACAAAGGGCACGCUGCACUUGCCGGCUGGAAGAUGUAGCUGGGGAGAAGGAUCAAAGCGGCACUGGCCCGCUCUAGUCCCUAGAGGACCUAGUUUGCAGAUAACGUAUGCAGUUACAGUACCGCCUCCACCGCAACGCCUGCAAUACAGCUUGUGGGCAAAUCAAAUAAAGCAGGAUUGCCCAAGCGGACAGCUUGUGAACCGGGUGCGAGGAUCCAAGCAAAGACAGCUUUGCUUUCGCAGAUGUCAGCCAAUCAAGGCCAGUCAGGAUGAUUCAAUUCACGCCCCGCAGAAUGAAAUUACCAGGAAGGAUGACCCAGAUCAUUCUGCGCCGAUGGGGCUUUCCACCCGGGUUACCGCAGAUGUUAACCUUGGGUCAACAGCUACCAGCCAAGAGCACCACCACCACCGUGGUUUCGGAACCCGGUUACGCAGGCAUGUAAACAAGAGGGCGGCCAACAUUCUGCACACAUUCAGAAAAGAGGAGAAGAUGAAAGUGGAGUAUGCCAAUGAGGAGGAGGAGCUCGCGGCGCUGACUGAGCAGCGGUACAAGCUGGCGUCGGGGCUCAAGAGGACGCUGCUACGGAUAGGGGUCUGCUUUGUGGUUCUGGCCGUGAUCAAGAUCCUCAACUCGCUCCGGGAGGCCUUGUUAGUGACCCCGGUCGACUAUUUCAAGCUGGUCGGAGUGCUCAGUUCCCUGGACUACUGGGCCCUCGCGUUCCUGGUCUUUGACAUCCGGAACACCAUCAUGGAGAUUGAGAAGAAUGACGUGGAAGGGGACCCGACAGUGCGGGUGUUGGAGCAGGAAAACGUUGCGAUCGGCAUCUCGUUCGAGAAGUUCUUCAAGCGCAUGUUCAAGGUCCUUUCCGCGAUCGCCUUUGCUCAAUUACUGGGCGUCCUCAGCGUCACGGGUUUUCAGCUCGCCCCCGAUGUGGAUAACGGCUUACGUCAGCUUUGGGGUUUCGUGUCCCCGCACUUGUGACGUCAGAAUCAGGAGGGCUGUUUGAUGGUACAUGAGGCGAAGGAAUACCAUGCAUAUCUGCACCUGGGUGCAUCCUCCGCUUCUAUAGGCUUUGUACAGAAGACUACAGGACUGUAAGCAUGUGGCUCGAGCGUUGUAAAUAGAGUCAGAGUUGCCUACCCGUCUCUAGCUAGUCUGCAGUUGCACCGCAUGGCUCCCUGAAUAUGUACUCUGACCUUCGAGACUGCGUUUCUCAAGUGGCUCGACUGUGGGGGCCGAAAGUUGGGGCCCGACCGCGGCCCGACGCACUCUUAUGCUCGUAAGCUAGCUACUUCUGAUCAGUUUGAUCGGACGCAUUGACGGUAGCCUAUUAUCGUCUUCUGAAUUUGACUUUCAUUCAGAC